UGCGGUGACUGCGCUGGGAAACAUGGCGACCGAGGGAAUGAUCCUCACUAACCACGACCAUCAAAUCCGGGUCGGAGUCCUCACAGUGAGUGAUAGUUGCUUCAGGAAUCUUGCAGAAGAUCGUAGCGGGAUAAAUCUCAAAGAUCUUGUACAAGAUCCUUCUUUGUUGGGUGGGACUAUAUCAGCAUACAAGAUAGUACCAGAUGAAAUAGAAGAAAUCAAGGAAACUCUGAUAGAUUGGUGUGAUGAAAAGGAACUUAAUUUGAUAUUAACAACUGGAGGAACAGGGUUUGCACCACGAGAUGUCACUCCAGAGGCCACAAAAGAAGUAAUAGAACGGGAAGCGCCAGGGAUGGCCCUGGCAAUGCUGAUGGGAUCACUUAAUGUUACACCUCUGGGCAUGCUCUCUAGGCCUGUAUGUGGAAUUAGAGGGAAAACGCUCAUAAUUAACCUACCAGGUAGCAAGAAAGGAUCUCAGGAAUGCUUUCAGUUCAUACUGCCAGCUCUACCUCAUGCCAUUGACCUUUUACGUGAUGCCAUAGUAAAAGUAAAGGAGGUGCAUGAUGAACUUGAAGAUUUACCUUCCCCACCACCUCCACUUUCCCCUCCUCCCACAACCAGCCCUCAUAAACAGACAGAAGACAAAGGGGUUCAGUGUGAAGAAGAGGAAGAGGAGAAGAAAGACAGUGGAGUUGCUUCAACAGAAGAUAGUUCAUCAUCACAUAUAACUGCAGCGGCCAUUGCUGCCAAGAAGCAUCCAUUCUACACAAGUACUGCUGUUAUCAUGGCACAUGGUGAGCAGCCCAUCCCUGGUCUCAUCAGUUAUUCCCAUCAUGCAACAGGCAGUGCAGAUGAACGGAUUCCAGAUUCCAUCAUUUCUCGUGGUGUUCAGGUGCUCCCACGAGACACAGCCUCACUCAGCACUACUCCUUCAGAAUCGCCUCGUGCUCAAGCUACAUCUCGCCUUUCUACAGCUUCCUGCCCAACACCAAAACAAAUUAGACGGCCGGAUGAAAGCAAAGGAGUUGCUAGUAGAGUUGGAUCCCUCAAAGCUCGGCUUCCCUCGUGCUCAUCUACCUAUAGUGUAUCUGAGGUCCAGUCCAGGUGCAGCAGCAAGGAAAACAUUCUCAGAGCCAGUCACAGUGCUGUUGAUAUCACCAAGGUGGCUAGAAGACACCGCAUGUCUCCUUUUCCUCUGACAUCUAUGGACAAAGCCUUUAUCACAGUCCUGGAGAUGACUCCGGUGCUUGGGACAGAAAUCAUCAAUUACCGAGAUGGAAUGGGGCGAGUCCUUGCUCAAGAUGUUUAUGCAAAAGACAACCUACCCCCCUUCCCAGCAUCAGUGAAAGAUGGCUAUGCUGUUCGAGCCGCUGAUGGUCCAGGAGAUCGUUUCAUCAUUGGUGAAUCCCAAGCUGGUGAACAGCCAACUCAGACAGUAAUGCCAGGACAAGUCAUGCGGGUUACAACAGGUGCUCCAAUCCCCUGCGGUGCUGAUGCAGUAGUACAAGUGGAAGAUACCGAACUAAUCAGGGAAUCAGAUGAUGGCACUGAAGAACUUGAAGUGCGAAUUCUGGUGCAGGCUCGGCCAGGCCAAGAUAUUAGACCCAUCGGCCAUGACAUUAAAAGAGGAGAAUGCGUUUUGGCCAAAGGAACCCACAUGGGCCCCUCAGAAAUUGGUCUCCUAGCAACUGUAGGAGUCACAGAGGUUGAAGUUAAUAAGUUUCCAGUUGUUGCAGUCAUGUCAACAGGGAAUGAGCUGCUAAAUCCCGAAGAUGACCUCUUACCAGGAAAGAUUCGAGACAGCAAUCGUUCAACCCUCCUAGCAACAAUUCAGGAACAUGGUUACCCCACAAUCAACUUGGGAAUUGUGGGAGACAACCCUGAUGACUUACUCAAUGCCUUGAAUGAAGGAAUCAGUCGUGCUGAUGUCAUCAUCACAUCAGGGGGUGUAUCCAUGGGAGAAAAGGACUAUCUCAAGCAGGUGCUGGACAUUGAUCUUCAUGCUCAGAUCCAUUUUGGCAGGGUUUUUAUGAAACCAGGCCUGCCAACAACAUUUGCAACUUUGGAUAUUGAUGGUGUAAGAAAAAUUAUUUUUGCACUACCAGGGAAUCCUGUAUCAGCUGUGGUCACCUGCAAUCUCUUUGUUGUGCCUGCACUGAGAAAGAUGCAGGGCAUCUUGGAUCCUCGGCCAACCAUCAUCAAAGCCAGGUUAUCAUGUGAUGUAAAACUGGAUCCUCGCCCAGAAUACCAUCGGUGUAUACUGACCUGGCAUCACCAAGAACCACUGCCUUGGGCACAGAGUACAGGUAAUCAGAUGAGCAGCCGUCUGAUGAGUAUGCGCAGUGCCAAUGGAUUGUUGAUGCUACCUCCAAAGACAGAGCAGUAUGUGGAGCUCCACAAGGGCGAGGUGGUAGAUGUCAUGGUCAUUGGACGGCUAUGAUGGUCACUAGCAGGAGAAAGCUUUGAUGCAUGUCCACAUAUCAUUGACUGUA